ACCAAGGGGGAACUUGCGAGUGUGUACGUGUGGCAGCUGUGCGGUGCAUUCGCCUCAACCGAAUACGCGGAUCACUUGUGGAAAAUGACGAAAAUCACAGUAGUCAAAACCAAGGCUUACCCUGACCAGAAGCCUGGCACGAGUGGACUGAGGAAAAGGGUGACAGUCUUUCAAACGAAUGAGCACUAUGCGGAGAACUUCAUUCAAAGCAUUAUCUCUUGCAUCGAACCAGCGGAGCGUCAGCCUGGACUGCUCGUAGUGGGAGGCGAUGGAAGGUUUUUCAUGAAAGAUGCCAUUAAGUUGAUCAUCCAGAUCGCCGCUGCUAAUGGGAUAGGCCACCUGGUCAUUGGUCAGAAUGGCAUCAUGUCCACCCCCGCUGUGUCCUGUGUGAUCCGCAAGCUCAAAGCCGUGGGAGGAAUCAUCCUCACGGCCAGCCACAACCCCGGUGGCCCUAAAGGAGACUUUGGCAUCAAGUACAACAUCGCCUCCGGAGGUCCUGCGCCAGAGGGAAUCACAGACAAAAUAUUCCAGAUCAGCAAGAGCCUAACAGAGUACCACAUCUGCCCCGACCUCAAGGUUGACAUCUCCAAGAUCGGCAAGCAGACCUUUGAGGUGGACACAUUCAAGCCCAUGACAGUGGAGAUCGUGGACUCUGUGGAGUCCUACGCUGAGAUGCUGAGGGGAAUCUUCGACUUCAAUGCCCUAAAACAGCUUGUGUCUGGAGCCAAUCACAUUAAAGUCCGUCUGGACGCCAUGCACGGAGUGGUUGGACCCUACGUGAAGAAGAUCGUCUGUGAGGAGUUGGGUGCUGCUGCCGACGGUGCCUUCAACUGUGUCCCCAAGGAGGACUUUGGUGGUCAUCACCCUGACCCCAAUCUGACCUACGCCUCUGACCUGGUCAACGCCAUGAAGGGAGGAGAGUACGACCUCGGAGCCGCCUUUGAUGGUGACGGUGAUCGUAACAUGGUCCUUGGAAAGCAUGGCUUCUUUGUCAACCCCUCUGACUCUGUGGCCAUCAUUGCAGCCAACAUCACUUGCAUCCCUUACUUCCAGAAGACUGGGGUCAAAGGUCUGGCCCGCAGCAUGCCCACCAGCGGAGCUCUGGACAAUGUGGCUAAAGCCUUGAAGAUGAAUCUGUAUGAGACUCCUACUGGCUGGAAGUUCUUUGGUAACCUGAUGGAUGCUGGCAAGCUGUCUCUGUGCGGAGAGGAGAGCUUCGGCACUGGCUCUGAUCACAUCCGUGAGAAGGACGGCUUGUGGGCGGUGCUGGCCUGGAUGUCCAUCCUAGCCCACAGGAAGCAGAGUGUGGAGGAGAUCAUGAAAGACCACUGGAACAAAUUUGGCAGGAACUUCUUCACCAGGUAUGAUUACGAAGAAGUGGACUCAGACAAAGCCAACACCAUGAUCAAGGAGCUUGAGGCUAAGAUGUUUGACAAGUCCUUUGUGGGCCAGAAGUUCUCAUCGGGAGAUAAGAGCUACGAGGUGGCUGUCUCUGACAACUUUGCCUACACCGACCCUGUGGACGGCAGCGUCUCCAAGAACCAGGGUCUGAGGAUCAUCUUCUCCGACGGCUCCAGGAUCAUCUUUCGUCUCAGUGGGACAGGCAGUGCCGGUGCGACCGUCAGGCUCUACAUAGACAGCUAUGAGAAGGACCCCGCCAAAAUCUACGGCGACGCACAGGUCAUGCUGAAACCUCUGGUGGAGAUUGCGCUGAAGAUCUCCGGGCUCCAUGAGAAGACCGGCCGCACCGGGCCCACUGUGAUCACGUAGACUGCGGGCCCUGCCCCCCACUGUGAUCACAUAGACUGCUAGCCCUGCCCCCCACUGUGAUCACAUAGACUGCUGGCCCUGCCCCCCACUGUGAUCACAAAGACUGCUGGCCCUGCCCCCCACUGUGAUCAGACUGCUGGCCCUGCCCCCCACUGUGAUCAGACUGCUGGCCCUGCCCCCACUGUGAUCACAUAGACUGCUGGCCCUGCCCCCCACUGUGAUCACAUAGACUGCUGGCCCUGCCCCCCACUGCGAUCACAUAGACUGCUGGCCCUGCCCCCCACUGCGAUCACAUAGACUGCUGGCCCUGUCCCCCACUGUGAUCACAUAGACUGCUGGCCCUGCCCCCCACUGUGAUCACGUAGACUGCUGGCCCUGCCCCCCACUGUGAUCAGACUGCUAGCCCUGCCCCCCACUGUGAUCAGACUGCUGGCCCUGCCCCCCACUGUGAUCAGACUGCUGGCCCUGCCCCCCACUGUGAUCAGACUGCUGGCCCUGCCCCCCACUGUGAUCAGACUGCUAGCCCUGCCCCCCACUGUGAUCAGACUGCUAGCCCUGCCCCCCACUGUGAUCAGACUGCUAGCCCUGCCCCCCACUGUGAUCAGACUGCUAGCCCUGCCCCCCACUGUGAUCAGACUGCUAGCCCUGCCCCCCACUGUGAUCAGACUGCUAGCCCUGCCCCCCACUGUGAUCAGACUGCUAGCCCUGUCACACCCUUCCAGGUAACUCUGUCCUAUCGACCCCUCAACCUUUCCACUUGUGCCUAGCCUCUGAAGAACAACCUCACCUCACUUGUACCAUAAAGCCAUCCAAACAAAGGCUUAAAAUGUAACACUGCCAUUCACCAUGAAUAAAACGUCAUUACAAAAUAA